AUGUUUGCCAAGUUCACCGCCGUCCUCGCCGCCGCCUCGGCUACCCUGGUCGCUGCCAGCCCCAUUGCUCCCCGUGGCUCCUCUGGCUCUGCCAGCGUCACUCCCCACGACCAGUACUCCAGCAGCAUUGGUGUCCUGGGAUGCAAGAUCAACACCAACCGCGUCGCCUACUGGCCCGGUAGCGUCGACUGCAACAACAUCUGCGUCAAGGUCUCCAACGAGGGACGCUCCGUCUACCUCCUCAAGAUCGACUCCUCCGGUGGUGCCCACGACAUCUCCUACGAUGCCUGGAACUACCUCGGCUUCGGCAGCUCUGCCACCAAGGACCCUCAUAUGGGCGGUGGCAUUGCCAUGAACUACGAGUAUGUCGACGCCUCCAACUGCAAGGACCUCAUGGACGACGGAAAGCUGCCCCUCGCCGCCGCCAACAGCAUGAACUAUGUCGCCUCCUGCCUCAGCGAGCCCAAGAGCUGGGUCGCCCAGAACUACGCCCUCUACAACAUCAACGACCCCGUUUGCAAGCACGGUGUCGAUGAGAAGUGCCACCUCAACCUGGCCGUCAGCAACCAGCCCCAGUGCCCCAGCGGUCUCGGCUCCGUCAAGGAGACCAACCUCAAGGUCGAGAACAUCCUCUACGGCACUGGCAAGAAGGUCACUGCUCUGUAA